UGCUUUAGACGUCAGAAAAGGAAUAUAGUAGUAUCAUAUUUAUUGGUCUACUUAGAUUCUUUUUUUUUUUGCUGAAUAUUGGUCUACUUAGAUUCAGUUAUAUAUAUUCACACAGUUGACAAACAACGUCGGUUUCUCUUAUGGGUAACCAACGAAGGUUGUUCUGCUAACGUUUUGAGGGGCUCUCGUUGAUGGGUUCUGCUUAGCUUAUCUCCUGUGUCUGUUCCCAUUUGUUAAAAAAGUAUCAUGAUGGGAAAUAGUAUUGAAGAUGAUGAUGAUUCGUUCAAUAAGCCCCUUGGAAGACGGUCCGUCAUUUAUUAUGGCAUGGGUCACAUGCUCAAUGAUAUCACUGCUGCCUGUUGGUUCACUUACCUCUUAUUGUUCUUGACAGAUAUUGGACUUUCUCCGAGGGAUGCUGCUAUGGUUAUGCUUUCAGGUCAAGUAGCUGAUGGAUUUACAACCAUAUUGGCUGGUGAACUGAUUGACAGGUUUGGACAUUUCAAAAUAUGGCAUGCUGCAGGCUCUGUUCUGGUUGCCGUUUCAUUUUCUUCUGUUUUUGGUGGUUGCGUACCUUGUAAGAUCUUUGGUACUUCUUCAUCAACAUUGGAAACUGUUGGCUACAGCUUGUUUGCAGCAAUCUUCAAUGUUGGUUGGGCUGCUACUCAGGUUUCACACAUGUCUAUGGUGAAUUGCAUCACACUGAAUUCAACGAGUAGAGUAGUGCUGACUAGCUGUCGAAAUGCAUUUACAAUGAUUGCCAACCUCAGCCUAUAUGCAGUUGCUCUAAUAGUCUUUGCCGUCACCAAAGCAAACACAUAUGCUGAUGUUGAAAAUCAGUAUCGAUGGAUUGCAUAUUCAUCAAUUUUUGUUGGAUGCUGCUUCGUGGGCAUAUUCCUUUUUGGAACCAAAGAGCCAAGAUCCAGGGUAGGAGCACAAGGAAAUUUUCAUGUUAGGAUUGCAUGGGCUUACUGGUUCAAGCGAGUUCUAUAUUAUGAAGUUGCUAUCGUUUAUGUGCUCACCAGAUUAAUUGUCAAUGUGUCACAGGCGUAUCUUGCAUUCUAUGUUAUUAAUGAUCUACGAAUGGCCCAAUCAGCUAAAGCUCUGGUUCCUGCCAUCAUCUACACUUGCAGCUUCAUUGUAUCUGUUAUUCUACAGGAGAUUGCAUGGACUGGCCAACGCCUGAAGGCCUACUACACUGCUGGUGGCAUUAUUUGGAUGUUUUCUGGUGCAGCAAUCAUUUUCUUACCUAGAAGCAUGAGUGCUUUCAUGUACAUAAUAUCAAUAUUUAUUGGUGUAGCAAAUGCUUCGAUGAUGGUGACUGGAAUAAGCAUGCAAAAUGUUCUAAUUGGGGAGAAUCUUGGUGGCUGUGCAUUUGUUUGUGGAUCAUUGAGCUUCUUGGACAAAAUAUCAUGUGGGCUUGCCUUGUAUGUUCUUCAGUCUUUCCAAAGUUGCUCUCCAGAACUUCAGAGAACAAAUGCAAUAAAUGUCUAUAUUUCAGUUACACGGUUUGGUUUGGGUCUCUUACCGUCAUUUUGUGCACUAAUUGGGGUGGCAGUUACGUACAGCAUGAAACUCCAUACCCCUUUUUCGAAACCUAUAAUGGAGCCACUGUUGGAAUAGUCUGCAAAAGGCCAAUUUACUUUAAACAACACUAAUUGUAAGAUGUUGGAGCAUUUGCUUUUGAGUAUUUACCUGAAGCAAAGCUUUAUAGCACACAUUUCUAUAGGAAAGGAAAAAUUUUAGAUAGAUAUGAUGGAGAAAGCCAUGAGACUUUCUUAUUCUUUUUUAUUUCUUUCUAUGAAGUCAUUUUUUUUUCAAGACCCUUUUUUUGCUUAUAGGACAUUAUCAUGUGUAUAAUCAAGAUUUUAUAUUUGUUAAUGAAAAGUCUAUUCAUUGAACUUAUA